AUGAUAUAUUGUCUUCCUUAUCCUAAGCUGUUGUCUGUGGCUGAGAAGCAUGGGCUGACCUUAGAGCGGAGACUUGAGAUGACCGGUGUGUGUGCCAACCAGAUGGCACUGACUCUCCUUGGAAGACCCAACAGGUUGAAUCCUAAGAAUGUCCACCAGAGGCCUACAGUAGCCCUGCUGUGUGGGCCCCAUGUGAAAGGGGCUCAGGGUAUCAGUUGUGGGAGGCACCUAGCCAACCAGAAUGUGCAAGUCAUCCUUUUCCUGCCCAACUUUGUCAAGAUGCUGGAGUCUAUCACCAAUGAACUGUCUCUCUUCAGCAAGACCCAAGGUCAACAAAUGUCUAGCCUAAGAGAUCUCCCUACUAGCCCUGUGGACCUGGUUAUCAACUGCCUGGAUUGCCCGGAGAACGCCUUCUUGCGGGAUCAGCCCUGGUACAAGGCAGCUGUGGCUUGGGCUAACCAGAACCGGGCACCAGUGCUCAGCAUAGACCCUCCUGUGCAUGAAGUUGAGCAGGGCACCGAUGCCAAAUGGUCCUUGGCACUGGGCCUGCCUCUGCCACUAGGGGAGCAUGCAGGCCAAGUCUAUUUGUGUGACAUUGGCAUUCCCCAUCAGGUCUUCCAGGAGGUUGGCAUCAACUACCAUUCACCCUUUGGCUGCAAGUUUGUCAUUCCCCUGCACUCUGCCUAAGGGGCUUCAGGCAGCUGGACCCUGUAUUCCCCUGCACUACUCCUGCUGCCAAACCCGACAUAAGGAUGUGAAGCUUUGUGGACCUUGUAGAUUACCUUUUGGAUUUGUUUCUUCUGUGAGAGGACAAAACAUACUUAAAACUUGUCUGCUACCCUUUCCUUAAUCAGGGAAGGCUUUCCCACUGGCAUGCAUGUCAGGGGUAGACCAGUGGCUCCAAGCAUCUUUCUAUCGUACCAUGUCUCCAUUCAAGUGGGGCUUUAUUUACAGACAUAGGCAGCUCUAAGACUGUUUAAGGUUUACAGCCACCGGG